AUGCAAAAAUUUGCUAUUGUUUUAUUUGAUAUUAAAAUUUUAAUUUUAGUGUUCAAAUAUUCUCGUAAAGAUCUGGAAGAUAAAAAUAGUUUUGCACUGGAGUGGAUUGGAAUAAAAAAUUUUCUCGAUCAUCUACCGAAACCACUUUGUAUAAUAGCGCAUAAUGGAUCAAAGUUUGAUUUUCGAGUGCUUCAUGCUGAAUUGGAAAGAUGUGACUUAUUAAAAAUGAGUCCCAUACCUAAUUCGGUUUAUUUUCUUGAUUCCUAUCUUAUGUUUGUGGAUCUCGAUAAAAAAUUUCAUGAUGAAUGCCGCUUUUUUACGCAAUUAGUGGAUUGGAAUUCUUUGAUGGCUUUUUCAUCGACUCAACCGCUUGAAUUUAAUGAUAUGGAUAUGGUUUAUUCGUCUCCUAGUGAAUGCUGUAGUGAUGUUAACUUAAUUGAUGAAUGUAGUGUUGGUAGUAAUGCUGGCGAUGAAGAUAAUAGUGAUGAAGAAAUACGUUGCGUGGAAAUACGAAAAACACGAAACCCAACUUGUGGAACCUCACUUUCGAAUACCACGCGCUCUAAGGAAGGAAAAUGGAUUUUCAAUGGACAUUCAUCUUUCCAGUAUUUUCAUGAGAGAGGAGUAUUUAAACUUGAUGAAAUGUAUAAACAGAUUACCGGUCGCGAAUUUGAUGCGCAUUAUGCACAUAGCGAUUGCGAAGCUUUGCUACAAAUUUGUCUCGCUUAUGGUGAAGAUUUUUUGAAAUAUGCUGAUAAGUAUGCUUUUCGAUGUCCAUUUUAA